CUGCAUUUUAAUAUUUGAUUGAUAACCACUAACGACAAUUAAAACAAAAUAGACGCUUUUUUUUUCUUUCUUUCAUUUACAUUUCAAAAGAUGAAGGAAAUUGUCUCGAACACAGAUCCUAAUUGUUCCAAGAAAGAGUUUUACACUGAGCUUUUAGAACAAGUGAAAUGCAUUUGUGAAGAUCAAACUUUUUGGGUUACCAAUCUUUCAAAUGCUUCUACUGUUAUUUACCAUGGUUUAAUUUCAUUAAAACAUUUCCAAGAGAAGCCUAUUAAUUGGUGUGGUUUUUAUAUUACUGAUCCAAAGAAUGAUCAAUUGCUCAUUCUUGGACCAUUCCAAGGAAAGGUCGCUUGUACUGCUAUUCCUUUUGGUAAAGGAGUUUGCGGUACAGCAGCACAAACCAAAAAGACACAGGUCGUUCGUGAUGUUCAUGAGUUUCCCGGUCAUAUUGCCUGUGAUUCAGCUUCUAAUUCGGAAAUAGUUAUUCCUUUAAUUAAAAAUAAUUGUGUUUUGGGUGUCUUGGAUAUUGAUUGUGAAAAGGUUGAAGGUUUUAAUGAUGAAGAUAGAGAAGGUUUGGAAGCAAUUGCAGCUAUAAUUAUUGACAGUUGUGAAUGGCCUAGUGAUGAAGCAUAAUUAUUAAUUAUUAUUAUUAUUAUUAUUAUUAUUAUUAUUAUCGUUAAAAAAUAAGUAGUUUCCCCUAUGCCAUUCUUAAAUGGUAUUUAUUUAUUUAUUUAAAUAAUAAUCACACAACUCCCUUUUGUUAGAGUCAUUUUACUUUUUCUUUACAUAAUUUGUUUGUCUCCUUGGAGUCAGCCUCGAACUAAAUUUAUAUAUCUCUCUUUCUUUCUUUUCUUUUAAUAAAAUAGUUCUUCCUUUUCAUUU